CUGCAGGCCCCGCCCCCGGGCCAGAUGGAUCCCUCCGCCCCGAAGCCCCGAGUGGAAACCGCCGGCAAAGACAUAUGGCACCCAGGAGAAAGAUGUCUUGUCCCUUCUCCAGAUAAUGAAAAACUUUGUGAAGCAAGUAUAAAAUCUAUCAUCGUGGAUGAAAAUGGGAAGUCAUUUGCAAUCAUCUUAUAUUCAGAUUUUCAAGAAAGGAAAGUACCUCUUAAAAGACUUCAAGAAGUAAAAUCUGUUAAAGAUUGCUCCAGGAAUUUCAUAUUUGAUGAUGAAGAUUUAGAAAAACCUUAUUUCCCAGACCGAAAAUUUCCAUCAUCUGCUGUUGCUUUUCAGUUAUCUGAAGAUGGAGACUCUAUUCCUUACACUAUUAAUAGGUAUUUGAGAGACUAUCAAAGGGAAGGAGCCCAGUUUCUUUAUGGACACUUCAUCCAAGGAAGAGGGUGUAUUCUUGGUGAUGAUAUGGGACUUGGAAAAACAGUACAGGUUAUUUCAUUUUUGGCUGCCAUUUUGCAUAAAAAGGGAACUCGUGAGGAUAUUGAAAAUAAUAUGCCAGAGUUUUUACUAAGAAGUCUGAAAAAGGAACCCCCUUCUUCUAUAGCAAGAAAGAUGUUCUUAAUAGUUGCUCCUCUUUCUGUCCUCUACAACUGGAGGGAUGAAUUGGACACCUGGGGAUAUUUCAGAGUCACUAUUUUACAUGGUAACAAAAAAGACAAUGAGCUGAUUCGCGUAAAGCAGAGGAAGUGUGAAAUCGCUCUAACAACUUAUGAAACACUGCGCUUAUGUCUGGAGGAGCUUAACAGUUUGGAAUGGUCAGCUGUUAUUGUGGAUGAAGCUCAUAGAAUCAAGAAUCCAAAGGCUAGAGUAACAGAAGUUAUGAAAGCUUUAAAGUGUAAUGUUCGCAUUGGCCUCACUGGAACCAUUCUUCAGAACAACAUGAAAGAACUGUGGUGUGUUACGGACUGGGCUGUGCCAGGACUUUUAGGUAGCAGGAUCCACUUCAAGAAGCAGUUUUCUGACCCAGUAGAACAUGGUCAGAGACACACAGCAACAAAAAGAGAACUAGCUACUGGCCGAAAGGCCAUGCAACGGCUUGCAAAAAAGAUGUCUGGAUGGUUUCUCAGGCGUACCAAGACUCUAAUCAAGAAUCAGUUGCCUAAGAAGGAAGACCGGAUGGUGUAUUGUUCUCUGACAGAUUUUCAGAAAGCUGUCUAUCAGACAGUAUUAGAAACAGAAGAUGUGACUUUGAUACUUCGAUCUUCUGAGCCAUGUACCUGCAGCAGUGGUCGAAAAAGGAGAAAUUGUUGUUAUAAGACCAAUUCACAUGGUGAAACAGUGAAAACCUUGUAUUUCAGCUACCUUGCAGUCCUUCAGAAGGAAACACUCAUCAAAAGGAUAUGUGACCAGGUAUUUUCCAGAUUCCCAGAUUUUGUGCAGAAAAGCAAAGAUGCAGCCUUUGAAACACUUUCUGACCCAAAAUACAGUGGAAAAAUGAAGGUCCUUCAGCAGCUUUUAAAUCACUGCAGGAAAAACAAAGAUAAAGUUCUUCUUUUCUCCUUCUCCACCAAGCUGCUUGAUGUGCUGCAGCAAUACUGUAUGGCAUCUGGGCUUGAUUACCGACGACUCGAUGGCAGUACAAAAUCAGAAGAAAGAAUCAAGAUCGUGAAAGAGUUCAACAGUACUCAAGAUGUCAACAUUUGCCUUGUCUCCACAAUGGCUGGUGGACUAGGCCUCAAUUUUGUUGGUGCCAAUGUUGUUGUAUUAUUUGAUCCUACAUGGAAUCCAGCCAAUGAUCUUCAGGCCAUUGACAGAGCAUAUAGGAUUGGGCAAUGCAGAGAUGUCAAAGUGUUUAGGCUGAUAUCCUUGGGAACUGUGGAGGAAAUCAUGUACUUACGGCAAGUAUACAAACAGCAACUUCAGUGUGUGGUGGUUGGAAGCGAAAAUGCCAAGCGAUAUUUUGAAGCAGUUCAAGGAUCAAAAGAACAUCGAGGAGAGCUUUUUGGACUCUAUAAUAUCUUCAAACUGAGGCCCCAAGGGUCUUGUCUUACGAAGGACAUCCUGGAGAGAGAAGGCCAAGUGGAAGCAGGGGUCAUGACAGCCACAACGUGGUUGAAAGAGGAACCUCAAGAACACCACCGAGAACCACCUAGAGAGCCUGACGGUCAAGAACACAGAGGUGCGGAACUACCGGCAAAAGAUGCAUGUGGUCUCUGCAGCGACCUCAGUGACGAUGAAUUGGUGGACAGCUCCAGAGUCAAGUCUGCCAAAGGCAAAGCAUCUGACCUAAGUAAAGCUUCCGGUCCUGCUGGACAGCUCACCUUACUCCAGUGUGGCUUCUCUCAAUUGCUCGAGAAAAAAUGGAAAGCAGUUGAUGACAGCGAUGAAAAUACUGCAUCUGACAAUGAAAGUCCUGAUGAGCAGCCCCCAUGCCUUUCAGCAGAAGCCAUAGACGUUGGUUGUCCGAAGAAUCAAGUCCCGCUUGGUACUUCAGAACAUCAGAAAUUAGCUAAUAUCCUAAAUCCAAGUGAAAAAUGUGUUUUUGAGAAAAGUAAAAAGAUUUUAGAACAGUCUAUUUCUUCUGAGUCUGAUAAGAAGAAUUUUAAAAAUACAACUGACCACCAUUGCAUUUUACAGAAUGUCACAGAAUCAGAAGAUAGUGAUGUCAUCCUUCCCACACAAUAUACAACUCAGAAAUCCCUUCAGAGUAGUUUAAAGUCUAGGCCACCCGCGGAUAGAUCUGAAGAUUCUGAAACAGAAAACCCUAUAAAAAUAACAAAUGAUGGUGAUGAUAGAAAGACUGAUGUCAGAGGAAGUGGACUAAUUUCAAAACAAUUAAAUCCUAAGAGCGUGACCCUGACGUCUAUUAUGAAAAGAAAAGGUAGUAGUGAUAUUAGUGAUGAAUCUGAUGACAUUGACAUUUCCUCCAAGUCAAGAGUAAGAAAACAAAGAGCUACUAGUUCUUUGAGGUUCAGGAGAAAAAAGGAAAAUAAAAGGGAACUUGACACUUUUUCUAAAACAAUGAAGAAAGCAAACCAACUGUAUGCAACAGAUGAAGAUUGUAAUUCUCAGGUUAUUGAUGAUUUUUCAUCCUCAGAUGAUGACUUUUUUGUUAGCCACGUUGGUUUCUCCAAACGGAAACAUCAACCAAAUGCUAUUAAAGAUAAAAUUGGUUUCUCUUCAGAAUUGCCAAGGCAUAAGAAAAAUAGCACUUUAGUACCAAGAAAACCAAUGAAAUUUUCAAAUGAGAGCAUUGCCAAUCAAGAGCAGAUAUAUGAAUCAAUGGAUAAAUUUUUAGAUGGCGUUCAGGAAGUGGCUUACAUUCACUCAAACCAGAAUGUGAUUGGAUCAAGCAAAGCUGAGAAUCACAUGAGCCGAUGGGCAGCACGUGAUGUAUUUGAACUGAAGCAGUUUUCCCAGCUUCCUGCUAACAUAGCUGUUUGCACAUCUAAGACAUAUAAAGACAAAACGAAGGCAGAUACAUCGACACAUGCUAAGGAAGUUCAACAAGCAAGUGAAGGAGACGUUUCGUGUCCCCUUUACAUUGCACACCCCGUGAGCCAGAAGAAGAAGAAAGUCUACCAUACAGACCAGACCACCUUCAUACUGGGAGAAACACCAAGAGGGGUUCGCAGAAAGCAAUUUGAAGAAAUGGCUUCGUAUUUUAAUUUGUCUUCGGUAAAGGAAUUUGCUCAACAUAUAACUAAUGCCACAUCAGAAGAACGACAGAGAAUGCUAAGAGACUUUUAUGCUUCUCAGUAUCCAGAGGUCAAAGAUUUUUUUGUGGAUUCUGCUGCAGGACUCGUUAAACCUGUCCACGAGGCAGGAAAGAGAGGCAGGAAUAAGUCUGAAAAGAGAGAGUCUUCUAUAAAAGAAAAGCUGCCAGAUUCCAAAACUUUGUCAUUUAAAGAUGACAAAAAGAAUUCCAAAAAGAAUUCUCAAAUUUGCAGCCUAAAAAGAUAUACGGAAAAAUCAGUUAAGCCUCAAAGUCAUGGUUUCUGUAGAGAAGAGCUGCUUUCUAACAAUGCAGAAACUCCAAAAUUACCUAUGAGCUCUGCCCAAGGGACUAACAUUGAAAAACACAGCCAAGUAUCCAAAGAUCCCACAGCGUCCAGUUCCCUGAGCAGUGAGCCUGAAGCAUGUGAGCGAAGGUUAGAAAAUACUGUGAAAGACCAGCAGGGCCUCGCAAGAAUGGGCAGUUCAAGAAAUGAACCCCUUUUCAAAAUGGAAAACAAAAAGAUAAAAAAUCCAGUGUUAGAAAAGAUUUCUGUGGUAGGCUUACUGGGUGACACCUCUAUUCUUGAUGACCUCUUUAAAAGUCACGGGAACAGCCCCACACGACUGCCAAGGAAAAUUCUUUCAGGGCCCAUGGAAAAAGCAAAACAGAGACCAAAAGAUUUCUGGGACAUCCUGAAUGAGCAGAAUGACGACAGCCUCAGCAAACUCACCGACUUGGCGGUGAUAGAGACUCUGUGUGAAAAAGCGCCCCUGGCUGCACCCUCCAGGACCGGGGAGCCAGAAACUCCGCUUUGGAAAUCCAACGAGAACUUUCUGUGGAAAAAAGUACAUUCAAGUGAUGCAGAUGAAAACACAACCAAAACGCAAGAAUAAUACAUAAACAUACAGAUUUCUGCCAUCAACGUUUACAACACUCUUUCAGCCUCAUUAUGUUAACUUGAACACACUUGUCAACAUUUAUUUUUAUUAAACUCUUGCUCUAGGGUUAUUUUUUAAGUCCAAAAUGUUAUCAUGUAUUUGCUUUCCUUGAUAUCUUAUUUGAUCUUUUUAAAGUUAUGAUUUUAUUCAUGUGAUUUAUUAUAAAAUGUAAUUUUAUUUAUAGAAUAAAAAUUAAUUGUAUUCUGUAAA